CAUGGCCUUUAGGCAAUUGCGCCAAAGCUAUAUAGAAAAUUGAACAUCUGUCGAAAACAUUUCAUUCUCGAUGUUUGAUUACUUCUCGCAGCUCAUGAGGACCGAGUAGAGUUCGUGAGUUCUGAGGCUAGUAUUCCACUGACUUCACACUACACUAUGGCAAUGGAAUUAGUGCUGUAUUCCCACCAAAUAUGCAUGGACGGGGGCAAAUUACGCAGCGGAAUCCAGGCUAUACUUAUAUAGUUCGCGCAUCUAGUAAAAAAAUUACGGUCUGGAAGAUGCCACCUCACUCCUGCGAAUCCCUUGCAUGUAGCAGGUUUAUAAUUUAUGCCUUCCUUUAAUAAAUGUUCAAGAACCUGGAGAAAACAUGCAUGCCUUUCGCUAACAACAGUGAUACCAGAAGGUUGUAAAAAGUCAAACAGAGAUUCAAAAAUGUAAUUAAAAUAAUGUGCAAUGUUUUGAAAAUAAGGCCCAGUAGACGAAGUAAUCCUACUGAGUAAUCUGCCAUUAUUUAUGUUCAGUUAAUUGUUUAGAUUAUCUUUAUAUUAAAACAGAGUGCCCGAUUAAAGUUAUCAUUUUCAAAGAGCCUGAAAAAAAAAACUUAUUCGUCUUCAUCGAAGAGAAGCCCGAAAGAUGAGUGGAACAAACUCAACGAAUGACAAUCUUCCUUCGUCAGGAUUUCUCAUUGCAAUGUCAAUAUUCGCCAGUCUGUGCAUUAUUGUUGGCGUGAUCGGAAAUAUUGGUGUAAUAACUUAUAACAUUUUCAUGAACUACUCAAAAACCCCAACAACAUGUUUUGUGGUGAACUUAGCAAUUGCUGAUAUCAUCGUCUGUUUCACGUUGUUUCCUUCGGGGUUAUUUGAAUUCAUAUCGAUAUUGAUGGAUAAAGACAGUGAUCGAAGUUUGAUUUGUAAAGUUAUUGUUACAAGCUCGUCUACCAGUCUCGCACUCUCUAUUGCAGUUAUCUUAGCAAUUACCGUUGAUAAAUGUAUUUUCAUCUCAAAACCGUUGAAAUACCCCAUGAUAAUGACUUGGACGAAAACUUAUAUUUUGAUUGCAGCAAUUUUCGCGGUAGCUUUGAUAAAUGCUAGUCUUAUCUUCGCUUACACAGACAACACCGGGAAUACUAGGCUUUCUUGCGCUAUUGGCAAUUCCACGGUGGAGAACAUCUUUUACAUCCCAAACAUUUUCCUGCCAAGCCUGGGAUUGUGUUACUUUAACUAUAGAAUCUACAAAGUGGCGAAAAACCAGAGAAGAAAAAUAAGAAUCGCAAGUUGUUCAAGUCAGACUCAUGGUAAUCAAAAUGCCGAAGCAGAGGAGACAGCAAAAAAACCUCAGGAGGAACGGCGGGAAAUGCUUCGACAAAUAAGGGUUGUGAAAACAUUUGCUAUCAUAAUUGGCGUGUAUUUCGUCUGCCUGUUUCCAAAGAUCAUAACAUCAAGAUUGAGAAGCCGAGGCGUUCCCAUUUCACGCAGUGUAUCAGUAGCUACAGGGAUGUUGGUAGGGCUGAACUCGGUGGUAAAUCCUUUCGUAUAUGGGAUAAGAAACAAAGAAUAUAGAAUUGCAUAUCGUCAGUUUUUCUCUAGGUUCCUAAGAGGAUGAACUAGCCAACGCAACGCGCGCAGAGUUAAAGACUAAAGGUUUGACAACAUUUACUGGCGACUUCGACGACCCGUGUAAAACAAUAACAAGCGUUUAAGUUUUUAUGCCAAAGCGUAAAAAUGGGCAUUAUUGCGGUUAUUGUCAUCGUCUUUAUUACUUUGUAUGAACAUUGUAAUAUUAGGAUAAGAAGAAACAUUGAUCCAGUCAUUAAUAUCGAGCUUUAAUUAAUGUGAAGUAACAACCGCUGACACCGAGGUACAACACGCCUAAAAACGAUCCUGAUAGAACA